UCCGUUCCGGGUAAACAUACUCCAGGAUCCCAACCCGGGAGUCAAUCCCUUGACCCCUCUGAGAUUGCCUUCGGAGUAAACAUGCCUAAGGGAGCGGGGUAGAAAGGGGAGACGGGAACGGAAAGCAGGCCCAAAACAGAAAAGGAAGGCCGGAGGGUCCCGCAGCGGCUCCUCCGUCGGGGGCGGCUAGGUCUGACGUGCUCCGCCCCGGGGAGGCCGGACCAGGAAGCGUGUGUGGACGGCGGGGGCUACCGGAGCCGCGGCCUGAGCGGAACUCAGGGCUCUUCUCUCCCUCGUUUUAUCCUCACAACAUUCCUGUGAGGUAGGUUAGACGGAAAAGGAGUGACUGGACCAAGUCACCUAUUGAGCUUCAUGACAGUAAAGGGCAUUGGACACCAUGACUGUCACUCUAGUAUGUGAUCCUUCGGAAGCUAUGGAGCUCUGUGCCUCUCAGCAACUCUAUCUUAAGCCAGUAGCGAAAUUAACUAUCAGUGUGGUGCUUCCAGAACAUACGAGAUCUACCCGGGCGUUCUCUAAAUGGGAAGUGAUGGACAAGCUGAAGAAUAUGAUUUGUCCAGACCAGUUCACCAGUGUUAAGGUUUCAAAAAGCACUAAAGGUUUCAUUCGGUUUGAGGGAGAGGCAGAAACCAAGCGUUUGGUAUGUAGCCUUAAGGAAAAGCUCCAUGGCAAGAUGAUAAAACUGAAUGGUUUUAAAGAUGACUUGCAAGUGGUUGCUACAGAGGCGUCUCCUGAUAUACCAACUCUUCAGGAGUCAGAAGCCAUUUUGAAUGAUAGAGAAUUGAUGGCAGAAGAUCUUGCUGAGCAAAAUUGUGAUGUUCCCAAUUGCAUCCAUUUGGAAGGAUUGCCAUGCAAAUGGUUUGCUCUAAGAGGCUCAGAUAGUGAAACACCAAGCGAAGAUAUCUUGAGAGCAGUGUUUGAAAGCUUUGGAAAGAUCAAGAACGUAGAUAUUCCCAUGCUUGAUCCUUAUAGGGAAGAAAUGGUGGGAGGAAACGUGAAUAAUUUCAUUUUUCGUGGCCUGCGGACAUUUGACGCUUAUGUCCAGUACCAAGAGUCCACAGCUUUUGCAAAAGCUAUGGAGACACUUAAGGGAAUGAAGCUGAUGUUUAAAGGGGAUGAUGGAAAAGCUCUGGCAUGUAAUAUUAAGGUGACGUCUGAUACUACCAAUCAUUUCAGUGAGAGUGCUAUAAACCAGAGGAACCUAGAAAGACUAACGCUGCAAGGGCUAGAGCGAGAAAGAAAGAGGGAGGAAAACAGAGGGAAAAGAGGCAAUGAGAGAAAAAGACGUGAUGAUGGUGGUGAUGAAAAAAAAGUUGGAGAAGGAAAGAGGAAAUCUAAGAUCAAGAGACGAGAAAAAAGACAGAUAGAUCGGGAUGAAAAACGCCCAAGAAAGCAACAGAAGGUAACAGCUGAAGAAGAGCUGUGGCCAGAGAAUAUGCCUGAAUGGGAAGAGAGGAAAUACCUUCUAGCUCAGAGAAGAGUGGAGUCUAUCAGGCUGCUUACAGUGCUGUUAAACCAAAUAAAAGAUUUUGUGCUGUCAUCCAGGCAAAUAGGGGAACCUUUGUUGGAAAGUGGAAAUGAAAGGGAGGAUUGCUUUCCUGCACCUAAGUUACAAAAUGCACAAAAAAGGAAGUCCGGCUCUCAUAGACUUAGGUGUAAAGAAGUAAAGGAUGAGAGAGAAUCCCUGCAUCAGUUGGACCAAUUAAAUAAUACCUCUAACGAGGAAGAGGAACAGUACAUUGCCGUUGGCUUGCCAGCAUCGCCUUGUCACCUUGUGAGAACUAUUUUGAAUGAGCCUGCUGCAAGAGCAGUUAGUAGUAAAUGCUUAACAGACAAGGCUCCAGACUGCUAUCAGGACUGUGGCUUGUUGCAAGUUACAGUCAGUCAAGACUGCAGAGUUAAAAAAUCUCCUGACAGAGAAGACUGUCCAAAUCUGAAUUUGGGAUGCUUCCCGAGAGUCCCUAGAGCAGGGAACUGCAAGAAACAGAAGGUUUAUGAAACAGAGGAAUUCAUACACUAUUUACUAAACUACUACCAAACCCCACAAUAUGCACGAAUCUGUCCAGUAACACAAAACACAGGAACUGAGUCCUGGUGGCAGAGGGUAGUGUCCCAUAAUGGGAAUGGCUUCCAGGUCAGCCUGAAAAACAAAGAUGGACAGUGUUUCACGGAAAUGAGUUUUGUACCAGACGUCCAUGAGAGAGACUUUCAAGAGGCUGAUAGUUACAAAUGGGAAGUAAUAGAUGAGGAAUCUGAGCCUAUAGAGGUUUUCCACAAAGGCCAGGCCUGUACUAGAGAGUUCACCAAUCAGUGUUUGGUAUGGUGUGGGGAUUCAUUGGGUGAAAUCAGUCAUAGAGUACCAUGUGAUGAACUGAAUAAUCCUUAUCUAGUAAGCACCAGUACUAAUUGUGAUAAUAGAUCCCAAGAAGAGAAUACAGGAAUGAAAGUUUUACCUCCACUCAAGCCAUUUGGCCAUGUUUAUAAAUUGAAGGAUUUAUUGGAAGAGAUCAGCAGUGAUUCUGAAUAUUUUAGUGAGACGUUCAGCGAGUCACAAAGCAAAAUGGAGAGAAGAAAUGGGGGCUGCAAAAGUACCUGCAAGUCGUGGCCUCUCAGCCGAGGAAGAACAAGAGAAUUGCUGAUCUGUGUCCAAAAUGGUGAUUGCAGCAAACGCAGUUUCUGUGCAAACUCUGACUGCUGUGAUUUGGCAAAGCGUCCCAAGCAAAGGGUUAAGACAACAUUCAAGAGAUCCAGCAGUAAAUUAAGGCACGAAGGGCAAAAAUUCAAGUGGCUGUCCAGUGAAGAGGAGCAAGAAGCUAGCAGGAAGAAGAAGAGAAAGAAGAGAAGGUCAUCUGGUAACUCUUUGCAUGACGAGUCCCACUAUCUGGAAGCAAACCAUUGUGGAGAGCUGGAGUCCCUCAGCAAGAUACAGAGAAAAUGUAGCAAAAUUUUCCACCACAAAAUGAAAUGUAAAGCAUUCCAUGCCAUGACAGAAGAGGUAAAGGCAAAAGAUGUUGUCCAUUUGGAUGCCUCUCUACUUCGAGAACCCCACCAAGAGGCAGGGAACUUGCUGUUAAGAAGAGAGGUGGAAGCAGAUUCUGAUGAAUGGCCUUUGUUUCCUGUUGAAAUAAUUCAGACAAAUCCAUACCCUGACUCUUUCUGUGGAGCAGAACUUGGAGGAGAAUGCUAAUUUCACCGGUUCUGGAGGACAAUGGGGAUCUUGAAACUGUGAUGGAAGCUCAAGAUAGGUCCUUUUUAUACAACUCUUAAAAAAACUUUACUUUAAAGCUAGAGAUAUGGUGAUAGAGGUGUUUGCUUGGGCCCCUUUGUUUGCAUGCUGGGAAGGCUAGGAUAGCUUUAAACAACCUGGCUGGUGAAAUGGGUGGUAAAAAUCUUGUCUUGGUGGUUUCGAUGUCUACAACUAAGGACCCAAAACACGUUAUUGAAGUGCACGAUGUAAACUGUUUUCAAGAAUUUGCUAGAAGUCUGAGCUGAGCAAAUAGAACAGUCUCCACUGAGUUUAUCAGAAGCCUGGGAAUCUCUGGGUUCUGCUGUCUUGUCCACUGUACAGUUAGAGAAACUUUACAUAAACAAAUUGUAGGCCAGCUGAGUAAAGCUUAGCUUAAAAGAUUCAAGGAGUUGCUGCCUUACUAAGAGGAAAAGGCUGAUGGUAGAGGAGAAAAAACAUGAAAGGAACAUAUUUAUAAUUAACUCUGGUUUGUCAUUUGAAACACACACUAGGUUGGAUAAUAUAUGACUUGUGCCAGAUGUUUUGUUGGUCCAGCCCUGUUCUUGCCAGCCUCCAUUGGGAUUUUUCGAAUAGGGUAUGUGUGUAGGCCCAAACAGGUACCAUGGUUCCAAUGCUGAGCUCCCCUGUUAAUCCAUCCAAGUCUGUAGCCUGUUGGUAUACAGCUAAGUCAUUGUCAAGAAGGUGGGUGUUUUUUUUCUGAAAACUGAGUAGAGGUUAUCUACAGUUACAGUUAGUGUAUAUUCCAUUUGAUGAAAACCAGUGAAAGCCUCACCCGUUUGCCAAAAGAUUCCCAUGCUCAUGUGGUUCACAAAUAUAGAAUGGAUUACUCCUCUUCCAAUUAGGUCUAAAAAAAUGGAGGAACUCCACAUCUUGACAGGCUAGUGAUUAUUUUGCUCUGCUUCCAUUAGCUUUAAUAGUUCCGGAAUGCUAAAUGGGAAUGGUCCUGAACAAACUUUAGAACAGUGAGAAGGUUUGAAAUUUUUAGUGCUGGUUAGUACUUUGAUCUUUGAGUAAGUGACCUUCUGAAUUACAACUAGAUUGUCUGAGCCACAGAAAUUGUCUUAUUCAGUUUGCUUGUACGAAAGCCUGGAAAGAAGUAUGAUGAUGCUGAUACAAUCCGCGGCUAUACUUUGAAAGUAACCUUUACUGACCAGGACUACUCAAGACAAGGUAGUACUGACACCCAGAAGCCGUGCUCUGUUACCUUGCCAGAUGGCCAGCUGUGCUGUGGAAUGCUAUUCCAUAUGAAGAGGGGAACAGCAACGUAUUUUAGUUAAAAAUUAAACUCUGCACGGUAUGUUUUUGUUUGAACACCCUUUAUUUAUUACAUGUGUCACAGUAACUUUCCACAUGAUGCACAUUCCCUUGCAUACCAUCCAUGUUUUGUUAACAUCUGCUCUAAUAAAGUAGUAAUGAACCAAAUAUGCAGGCAUUUUCUGUGUUGAAUGUCAAAAGUCCCAAGGGCUUAGAGGUCAUUCCUACUUCAAAAUGAUUCUUUUUAAAUGCUUUUUCCCAACGUAGCAGCAAAAUGUUUUGAUCUGGGAAUAACCUCUCUUUUUUGCAUUUGGUUGCUUUUUGGUUUGGAAUAUUUAAAUGUUUACUUAGGUAUGAACACAGCCGUCUUAUAGGAAAACCCUUUCAGUAAUUUUAACAAUAUGUACCACCAACUUUUAGUUCUCACAGGGACAAAAGUCCCUUUCCUCUGGGCCUUUUUGCAUUAUUUUAAACCAGUUUGUGCAUGUGUGCAUAUAUGUAUCAUCUCAAAAUGUUCAUGCUUAAAGGUGCAGUAUUCCAUCCUGCCUGUAAAGAGCCUUGUAUUCAUUUCAUAGCAGUAAGCAAGAAAUGCAGAACUGGGAAAAUGCCGUAGCCCUACUCUCUGGACAGCAUGUGAACUUGACCCUCUGGAAUAUGGAUUCAAACUUAAUGGUACUUUGUGUACAGCCAUUCAAGGCCUCACUGUAAUUCUGCAGUCCAUGCUUUGCAUCACAUGGGAGUGAGUUUUCCCCAUAGUGUGAAGGGAGAAAUGUGGGAGGAAACUGCCUUGGAAAAGUCCAGGACCCUACCAAAUCAGAAAAGCUAACCCUUGCCCCUUGAAGAGAUGCUCAGAUAAAUUUGUCAUGGCCUUCAACACCCCAUGACCCUAUUUCAUCCUGCAAUUGUAUAUAGGAAGAAAAAGAGAGUGGGACUCGGGCUCAUUUCAUUAUAAAUUUGAUGACGGGUGAGGGAGAUCUUGUAUUUAUAUAAAUGAAAUCUCCCUACUUCAUUUCCUCACUUCUCCUAACAGAAGUACAGAACACGCGAAUGAAACUAUUCUUUCCCAAGGUCCAAAUCUGGGGCACAAUAUUGUCCAGUUAGAGCUGACGAUUUUUUAAAAUUUCAGUGAUUUGGGAGUCUGGAUUUGUCUCAUUAAAUGACAUUUUCCCCAGGCUUUCUUUCCUUGAAUAACUUAUGCGUAAGAACUGGCAGCAUAGUAAGUUUUUUUAAAAAAACUGAUUGGUCAAAUUCACAUGAAUAGAUUUGUGAAAAAAUUAUAGAUGUUUCUAGUAAGCCUUCUCAAAUUUUUGAAAAGCCAAGUUUGUAGACAUGUUUCUGAUUCAACUUGUACUGCUCAGAAAAAAAGUGACUCAAUUAUGAAGAAAUAAAAUGUAUUUAUUUU